CUGUGCAAAUGAUCUUUCAUACUGAUUACCUUCCCGUUCGCAUUUUUCAGAUGUCAAUUUAAUUUUAGAUCAAAAGUAGAGGUUAAACAAUGGCAGAAACUGAGGAAUAUCCAUUGAGUGAAUUUGGAUGCCAAUUAAGUAUACACGAAUCAACUUUAGAAAUUGAAAAUGAAGAAAUGUGUGGUUUGUUGGCUGACUUUAAAGAGGAAACGUGUGAUGAGGAACUCAAAAGUCCGAUUUUAUAUGAACUUCCUCCUGGUAAAAAGUAUCACCUUUUUAUUGCUCAUUCGGCCAUUGACGGCCAGCAGGCAUUAAAGAUAUGCAAGGAGCUUGAGAGUAGAUUUCUUUUAAAAUGUAUGUUUUUUGAUCGGGACUUUAUGCCUGCAAAACGAAUAGAUGAAAAUAUCCAACAAGAAAUGGAGAAAAGUGUCAAAGUAUUGCUGCUUUUAAGUCCAGACUUUCUAAAUAGCCACUGGUGUGACAUGGAGGCUCGAUUAGCGGUUCAAAUGUCUUUUGACCGAAGCUCUGAUUUGAGAAUAAUUCCUGUACUAUUACGGGACUUAGACCCAGACAACGAUCUACCACCAUUUUUAAAACCCUACGUUUGUAUUGAUGCAUGGAAGGAAUAUGACUGUACAGCAAAAAUCCAUGAGGCUUUCUAUUAUACAGGGGUGGUUGAUGCUGUUCACCAAGCAGAAUUAGAGUCUAAAUUUGCAGAGGACAACAGAAGUCAAAACGGUGUACGACUGCUAGAGAUGGAGGGAAAACUAGAGAAAUCUGCAUGUUUCAAUGCAUCCCAUUAUGUGUUUUUAGACCUUUCUGACCAAGAUCGCGCUUGCUUAAACUCAAAUAAGACACAAGAACAGCUGGAAAAGAUCCUUGAUUUUGUUAACUCGUCUUGUGUAAUGAGAAACUACAGAAUAUUUAAAAACGGCCUGUUUCAAUUUAGUUUUACCUUGUUAGUUGGUCUGACAAUUACUUUUCUCUACACAACCAUUGGUUUAUUGGAUUCAUUUGUGGAUAGAGAUACAGAUGGAGUGUGGACUGUACAUAUAGCACCCGGUGCAUUAUUUGGAAUCGUUUCCUAUUUUUUGGUUUUGUUCAUCAUUAGGAAAGUUCGAAAAAAGCUCAUCAAAGUCCUCAGCAAAACUAUUUGGGAGAAGAAUAUGAAGUACUUUGCUGACAGUUUGUGUCUCGUACUUAUAGACGUCACUUACUUAAAAAUACCAAAGCUUGUAACUAUACGCUAUGACAUAACGGCUUGUCAGGAAUACACUUGCCUUCUUUUAAAAAAGCAGAGAAAAUUGAGCAGUGAUAGUGAUGCCGUUAAUCAAGAAGCUAAAGAUUUGAUUUUGAAGAAGCUUCAGGAAUGGAACGAAAGAGGAAGUUUGGUAAAUUGGGCUUCUUUGGAAAGCGAAGCAUAUAAUAGACACAAUACUUGGUUGCGAAAAUCAUGUGUAUGCCAAGUCUUGGAAAGAUAUUUGAUAACACAGAUCAGAGAUACUCAAAACUCAAAGUACAUGUAACGAAAGUUGCUUUCAUAUCUGUUUGAUAUUUUCUUCAUGUCUUGUUCUCCAAUUACUAUAAUAUGUGAUAUGUAUAAUAUUGCGAUUGUGAAAUAUAUGUUGAUGUCUGAAAAUUAA